AUGGUGGUGGUGGUGGUGGGGUUGAUUGCCAUUACUCCAGUAGUGAUUAGCUAGAAUUAAAUUUUUUUAGCUACCAAACUGAUUUUAUGUUAGAAAAUAAGUAGUUAUUAAUUGGAUUCUUCUAUUUAGGAUUACAUUAAAGACUAUGUCAAAAAUCCAUAUAAUAUCAUCCAAUAACUGCUCCUUCACAUGAUUAAAUGUUGUCUCUCUCUAAUUAUAACCUACUGACUGGCCGAAACUAGUUCUUCCUCUUCCAUGUUUUAAAAAAUCUUUGUAUAUUCAAACAUAUUUUUGUCUGAACUAGACUAGAGCGUGCUGUUGCUUUAAGAGGCAUCGUGUUUUCCAUUGGAGAAAACCAGAUGAGCUUUGUGCCAAUGGUGUGUAAGACUGUACAGAGGGAUCCACUCCCUCCCCCAUCCACAGCAGCAGCACAAUGAUAAUGCUGCAGAGAAAGAGCAUGCUCUCUUUGUAUGUAAUAAUGCUGUUCACGACAUAGUGGACGUAUCAAAGUGUCAGGAUUUAUGUCAUCAAAAUGAGGAUUAACAUGGCAUUCAUUUGUGGAUGUUGAAGACCUAUUUACUAAUGGAAAGGAAAUUUAUUUUGAGGAGAUGAUCAACAAAAUCAAAGAAGGGUGGAUAAGGACAGCGUUGGUGCUGCUAUUCUCUCUGUUGUGGAAUAUAACCGAAGCCCAGAUUCGCUACACCAUACCAGAGGAAUUAAAGGAAGGCUUUGUCGUCGGAAAUCUAGCCAAAGAUCUCGGUUUUGACGUCUCAGAUAUCGCACAUCGUAAGUUACGCAUAGCUUCUGAGUCAAGCGGACAGUAUUUUCGUGUCGAUUCAGAAAAAGGUGAGCUGGUCGUGAAUGAUAAGAUUGAUCGCGAAGUCAUUUGCGCACAAAGCGGCAGCUGUUUUUUGCAGCUGCAGGUUGUUAUUGAGAAUCCUUUACAGCUCCACCGCGUUGAAAUAGAAGUACAAGAUAUAAACGACAACUCGCCGAAUUUUCACACAAAAGAUGGCGUUUUAAAGAUACCAGAAUCUGUCGCUCCAGGAGCUCGGUUUCCUCUCGAAGGCGCCGAGGAUCUUGAUGUCGGUAUUAACAGCCUGAGCUCUUAUUCGCUGAGCAAAAACGAUUUUUUCCGUUUAAACGUGAAAACGCUUAAAGAUGGAAGGAAAGUGCCAGAGCUAAUUGUAGACAAACCACUAGACAGAGAGAAACAGUCUGUUCAUAAGCUCAUUUUAACAGCUUUAGACGGAGGGAAUCCAGUGAAAUCCGGGACUGCUUUAGUGCAGAUCAUUGUUCAAGACAUUAAUGAUAAUGAACCGAAAUUUGAAGUGACCGCGUAUAAAACACAAGUGCAUGAAAGCGCCGUGGUUGGUUCGAGUGUAAUACAUAUAAAAGCCACAGAUUUAGACGAGGGAUCAAAUAGUGACGUUCAGUAUUAUUUCGGAGCUCAUACCACUGAUCCAGUGAAGCGAGCUUUCACUGUGAACCCGGACACGGGAGAGAUUUCAGUAUUUGGACAUUUAGAUUACGAGAUCACAAAGUCAUAUACGUUUGAUGUAUGUGCAAAAGAUAAAGGAAACCCAGCACUUGAGGGCCACUCGUCAGUUCAAAUAGAUAUUGUUGAUGAAAAUGAUAAUGCUCCUGAAAUUAUUCUCACGUCUUUACCAAGUCCUGUGCCAGAAAAUGCGACAAUUGGAACUGUGGUAGCGCUCAUUAAUGUCAAAGACUUGGACUCCGGAAAUAAUGGCAAAGUCGAGCUUAAUAUCUCUCCGGAUUUUCCUUUUAAACUUAAACCGUCUUUUGAUAAUCAUUACUCUUUAGUAACGGACUCGGUGUUAGACCGUGAAGCGAAGUCAGAAUAUAAUGUGGAAAUAAUUGCUCGUGAUUCUGGUGUAACAUCUUUGAAAACUACAAAAUUUGUUAAUGUCAAAGUGCUCGAUGUAAACGAUAACCCGCCGACUUUCUCUCAGCCGUCAUAUAGUGUGUAUGUAAAAGAAAAUAAACUAGCAGGCAACGCGUUAUUUUCCCUAACUGCUUCUGAUAUAGACACAGAUAAAAAUGCUUUAAUCACAUAUUCUAUACUGGACUCGAAAAUAAAUAACUUUCCAGCGUCGUCAUAUUUUUAUAUUAAUUCUGAGAAUGGCACUCUCUACUCUAUGAGCUCGUUUGACCAUGAAAAGGUAAAAAUGUUGAGUGUUAUUGUGCAAGCGAAAGAUCACGGCUCGCCGUCUCUGAGCAGCAACGCUACUGUUCAUGUCUUUAUUGUGGACCAGAACGACAACGCCCCCGCUGUCAUUUACCCCUCUGCACUCAUGGGCUCUGUCUCUCAUCAGAGGAUGCCCCGCUCUGCUAAAGCAGGACACCUCGUUACUAAAGUCACAGCAGUGGACGCUGACUCGGGCCAUAACGCCUGGAUUUCCUAUCGGUUAGCGGAGGCCACGGACGCGUCUCUGUUCACUGUCACUUUACAUACAGGAGAAGUGAGGACUAAGCGCUCUGUUUCAGAGCAUGACGACUCCUCUCAGAGACUGAUCAUAGAGAUAAAGGACAACGGGGAACCGGAGCAGUCCACCACAGUCACUGUGGAUAUACUGAUAGAGGACGGCUUUCAUGAACCAAUCUCAGACUUUAGACACAAACACACAGAACCCGAUAAGAAAAGCAGCAAAAUCACGUUAUAUCUCAUCAUUUCUCUUGCUUCCGUCUCCUUGUUGUGUUUGCUGACAUUUUUUGUCUUGUUAGUAAAAUGCGCUCGAAGCAGUAGAGGCAGCUCGAGUUGCUGUAUGAGACGGAGCGAUUGUGAAUAUAAAAACCCCAACAGAAACCUGCAGAUCCAGCUCAACACUGACGGACCCAUUAAAUAUGUGGAGGUGCUGGGAGGAGACAUGAUGUCUCAGAGUCAGUCGUUCGGCUCCUAUCUCUCUCCAAUGUCCGAAUUCAGUGAUUUCACCCUCGUUAAACCCAGCAGUACCACAGACUUUACAAACACUCUAAGCGUGCUCGAUGCGUCACUACCGGACAGCACGUGGACGUUUGAGAGUCAGCAGGUGAGGAUACAAACCUACAGAUUGUAUAUAGCUGUCUUCUAAAUUAGGCUGGUUAUGUGUUGAUACUUUGAGAGAGACACAGAGAGAGAGAGAGAGAGAGAGAGAGAGAGAGAGAGAGAGAGAGAGAGAGAGAGAGAGAGAGAGAGAGAGAGAUUAUACCUUGUUUGCAGCACCAAACAAAGAGAACAGCGACAUUCUUUACGCCUCAUGAUGUAAGUGAGCUUUCUGCUGCCAUCUGUGUUCUGUUUUGCUCAUAAAAUACUUGCUAUGUGUUUAUCAUGUAUUUAUGUUUAUUCCCUCUAUUGAUUUCCUUCUUGUGACACAACUGAUGAGUUUUAUACACAAAUUGUGUUCAAUCAUAUAUAUGAUAUCUAAAUUAGCUACAUUUAUUUACUUUAUAAUGACUGAUUGUAUUGUUGAGAAGUCGACUGUUAGUGGAAGCCAUUGUGAAUAAUAAUAAAAAAAAGAUAGUAUAAGUGUAGCGUAGCUGUAUUUUAUUCUAUAAAUACAAAUAAUUUUGUCAGCAAAGGUAGCCUUACCCUUAACCUUAACGGCUUGUUUAGUAACCUUCUAUACUAGCUGUGUACUGCAAACUGGGACUAAAUAGAGAGGAAAUAUUGGCUGAAAAAUGUAUAUUAGUCUUUUAGUCUUUUUAUUCUUAAUUUGGUUUAUUCUUAAUAAAGUGCGCGGAAGUGUGUGUGUGUGUGUGUGUGUGUGUGUGUGUGUGUGUGUGUGUGUGUGUGUGUGUGUGUGUGUGUGUGUGUGUGUGUGUGUGUGUGUGUGUGUGUCUUUAAGAGGCAGUCAUUUUGUAAUUGGACGUCAGAGCUCCAAUAAUAAGCAGGACUGUACAAAGAGAUCCACUCCCUCCCCCAUAGUAGGGAAUCACACGAUGCUUAGAGCCAGUACACACCGUGAUGCGCUCUUCUUCUUCCAAAUAAAAAUGGAUUACAAUAAAUCUCUGGAAACAAAUGGAAAAUUUCAGCUGCAUUUUUCGGGGAUGUUACAUUUUCCAUCGUUGUGGUGAUUUGUCUAGAUUUUCCACCACAAUGACAAAGAGGACGUGGUUCGGAGGCUGGAUGUGCCGUUUAUUCUGGUUGUUUUUCUUUCUGCUUUUGUGGAAUAACGUACAAGGCCAGACUCGCUAUUCUGUUCCUGAGGAAUUAAGCGUGGGCUCGGUGGUCGGAAA